UUGGCAAGAGUGUGUCAUUUCGAGUCGAUGCUCUGGACGAAUUUCCGUCUUUUACUGGGUUUACGCAAUCGACAACGAUCGUUCUCUUUCCGUCGAAUUUGUCGAAUUUUUCAAUAAAACAAAACGCAAAAUGCUGCGUUUCAUGGGAGGACGCAUACACUCUAUCGUAAGGAAUUCAAUAGUGCCACGCAGUACGGCUGUCGGAGUCCAGAACGCUCGUUCUUCGCACGAUGGCCCAGAAGAAUCCGAAGAGUCUUUCAAUAAAAGAUAUCAAGAAUACCUUUCACGUCCAGAUCUUGAUAGUUGGGAAAUCCGACAAGUUAUGAAUUCUUUAGCAGGAAUGGAUCUUGUUCCUGACCCAGUAAUUAUCAAUACAGCGCUAAGGGCAUGCAGACGACUGAAUGAUUAUGCCCUUGCAGUUAGGUUCUUAGAACUUGUAAAAGACAAAUGUGGCGAUCAACUUAAUAAAAUCUAUCCUUACAUUUUGCAAGAAAUCAGGCCUACCUUGGAUGAAUUAGGCGUGAACACCCCAGAAGAACUUGGUUAUGAUAAACCUGAAUUAGCACUUGAAUCAGUUGAUGAUAUGUAAGGAUAAAUACCUCUAUGUAAUUGUAUAUUUAAACAUAAAGUUAGUAUUCGUGUAUAGAAAAAUGCCUUUCAUUGGAUCUUUCAUGAAGGAAAACAGGAAUAAUCCUUGAUUCGAGAGAAAAAGGUACUUUUAUACAUACCUGUUAUUAAAAGCUGAAUUCAAUAAAUGAUCAUUAUCUUA